AUGCUGGGCUCACAGGCAGGCCUCACCGUGAAGAACUGGGACAAAAACAUCCUACCAACGUUCUUCGGCGGAGAGUGCAACCCCCUUGCCAAUACGAACGAUGAUCCGCAUUUCCGGGGCGCAGAUGGCACCCAAUACGACUUCAAUGGCCUUCUCGACCGCUCCUUCUGCUUGCUGUCCGACCGUCGGAUCCACAUCAACAUGGGAAUCAAGGGCUACCAGCCCAUCGCGAAUCUCCCUGGCACAGCGACAUCAUUGGACGAGGAGUCGCUCGCUGCAGCGCUGGAAGCGGCGGCCAAUGAGAAGAAACCACGUCAUAUCAGACAGCUGGAGCAGGAGCAGCUGAGCGUGGAGGAACUGAGCGAGCUGGAGAGGAUGCGGGCCAAUGGGAGCCUGCCGUUGACUGCUGAGGUGGUGGCUGCUCUUGACCGGGAGAUGGGUCGUCGCAGCGGCGGAAAUGGAGGGGAAGAGGAGCAUCACUCGAUUCAGUAUGAGAAGGAUGAGCUGAAGAAGAGGCUUUUAAAAGCAAAACCGAUUCGCAGUUGGAUCAGGGAGCUCCAAGUGAUGUGGCGCGAUUCGACUGGCGCGCAGCACUCUGUAUUCAUCAAGGCGCGAGACGGCAAGGAGCAAGGGAGGGGCAGCAGCGGGUUCAUCGACCGACUGGAGCUCGACGGCUCGCCAGUGGCCCCGCCUCUGUCCGAAGGCUCUUCCAUCACUGGCAGCGGCGGGUUCAAGCUGCUUCUGGCGGAGACACGGAGCUGCAAGGGGAAGGACGAGGACGAGUUUCAUCUCACGAUCGAUGGACUGGUGGCCAUGGGCAUCAUGGCACGUUUGGCGCAUCCGCUCAUGCAGACGGCUACAGAGGCCCAGGCGCAUUUCAACGUCCACAUUGCCCGGCUGAACGCAAUCAUCCUCGCUUCAACCAUCUCCCUCCUCUAUCCUCCCUCUGGACGCCCCUCUCCUCGUCCCUUCUGCAGCACACAAAAGCACACGAGUGGCAUUCACGGCGUGCUGGGUCAGACCUUCCGAGCCGAGGAGUCCCGCAAGGUGCGCUCGCUGCGGUACCGCCUGCUGACCCGCCUGCUGCGCGAGCCGGUGGAGGUGGAGAGCGAGAGUGGCAGGGGAUUCCUGGAUGGGCGCACGGAGGACUACAUCACCUCCGAUAUUCACUCCGCGGAUUGCAUGUAUGCCGCUGCAUGGCGCAGGGAGGAACACGAGAGCAGCGAUGGAAGCGAUUUCAUGUGA